UAAAAAGGCAACAUGAAGGAAGCUAAGAAGCCACAUGCAGAGGACAAAAUCUGUUGCAUUUCCAAGCUGAAGGUAUUUCUGCUGACACUAUCACUUGCAUUUGUUGGUAAAACGAUGUCUGGUGCUUACAUGAACAGCAUGUACACACAGAUAGAGAAACAAUUUAAUAUACCAGCUUCUUUAGUGGGGAUCAUUAAUGGAAGCUUUGAAAUUGGCAACUUGCUGCUGAUAGCAUUCGUGAGUUACUUUGGAGCAAAGCUUCACAGACCCAGAAUAAUUGCUUUUGGCUGCACAGUUCUGUCAUUUGGAUGUCUUUUGAUAUCACUUCCUCACUUCCUGUUUGGAAGGUACCAUAUUGAAAGCAGUAUUUCACAGAGGGAGAAUUUCUCAGUCAUGCCUGUGUGCCUUGUUAAUCAAAGCUUGUUCUCAUUACCUGCAGAGGAUCCAUCAACAGAAUGUGAAAAAGAGCCUGGGUCCUUGCUGUGGAUAUUUGUCAUGAUUGGAAACAUAGUACGAGGGAUGGGUGAAACUCCCAUCAUGCCUUUAGGCAUUUCAUAUUUGGAGGAUUUUGCCAAAGCAGAGAAUUCACCUUUCUACCUGGGAUGUCUACAUACAGCAACUGUAGUUGGCCCCUUCCUUGGUUGCUUGCUGGCAUCAUUCUGUGCAGAACUGUUUGUUGAUCUGGGAUCAGUAGAUGCAGAGGAGAUAACUAUCACAGUUACCGAUGCACGCUGGGUUGGAGCGUGGUGGUUGGGCAUUUUGAUUUGUGCAUCACUGAAUCUUCUAGCAGGAAUACCUUUUUGGUUUUUGCCCAAGUCACUUGUGAAGGAAGGAGAAACCAAUGAACUUGAGGAGACAAAUGAAAGAAGUGUAGCACCAUUGCAAGAAAAUGAGAAAACUGAAGAAAAACAGACCAUGUAUGAAAUUGCUAAAGAUUUCAUCCCAUUCCUCAGGGCUCUGUUUCGCAACCCAGUUUAUAUGUUAUUUAUAUGCAUAACUGUGUUACAGUUCAGUGCUUUUGAUGGCAUGAUAUCCUUCAUGCCCAAGUAUCUGGAACAGCAGUUUGGAAAAUCUGCAUCAGAUGCCAUCUUUUUAAUUGGUGUUUACAACUUACCGGUGAUAUGCGUUGGAUAUUUUUUUGGAGGCUUAUUCAUGAAGAAAUUCAAGAUAAAUAUCUAUCAGGCUGCGAACAUAGCAUUUUGGGUAUCUUUACUGGAAUACCUUCUCUACUUUGGUGCCUAUUGGACUGUCUGUGAUACUUCACUAGUUGCUGGCCUAACAGUUUCCUAUGAAGGAAUAGAGCAAGUUUCAUAUGCAGAAAAUACUCUACUUGCUGGCUGCAACAGGGAUUGCGAUUGCCCACUUAAAAUAUGGGACCCUGUUUGUGGGAACAAUGGAAUCACUUAUGUGUCACCUUGUCUUGCUGGGUGUAAAGCCUCAAGAGGAACUGGAAAAAAUGUGGUAUUUGAAAACUGCAGCUGUGUUGCAGCCUCAGGGUAUUCAUCUCAAAACGCCUCUGCAGUUCUGGGCCAGUGUGAUGAAGAAGAAAACUGUGACCGGAUGCUUCAUUACUUUUUAAUAUUGUCACUAGUCUGCAGCUUCAUUUUUUCCUUAGCAGCCAUGCCUGGGUACAUGGUGUUAAUAAGGUCUCUAAAGCCUGAAGAAAAGUCAUUUGGAGUGGGUAUCCAUGGACUAGCUUCAAGAGUAUUUGCUGGAAUUCCUUCUCCCAUUUAUUUUGGAGCUUUGAUAGACAGCACUUGCUUGAAGUGGGGUACUAUGUCUUGUGGUGAAGAAGGAGCAUGUAGAAUGUAUGACAUUGUCACAUACAGGUGGCUUUAUCUUGGCCUGCCAGCUGUAUUACGUGGAGUGUCCUAUAUCCCAAGUGCAGUCGUUCUCCUUAUUUUAAAGAAGAAACUUAAAUCUGAAAGCCAGGUCUUAUUAAAUGCACCAGUGGAAAUGCAAGAAGCAUUGACAUAG